CAGAUAAAGAACAGAAGCGUACCUGGGAGAGCUGGCUGAAACCAGGACACAGUGGGACCAUUGGAAAGGACUCUAAACCACAGCAGCAGAAGGAGAGCUAGACUUUCAGGGACCCAGGCUCCACACUAGGGACCUCGACCUUGUCCUGCAGGGAGUGGAGACCCAUGAAUGGAUGUUAGCCCACAGUCCCUUGCAUACAGGAGAUCAUCAUUCUUCUGGUCCUAUGCCAUGUGAUUGUUACUGAGGAGGAUGGAGAUGACAUCAUCUACCACGCCUCCUCCCCAGAUGAAGCUGCUUUGGUGGAAGGUGCUAAAAAGCUGGGCUUUGUACAGUGAGAACACCAUAUUCGGUCAUCAUAGAAGUAAUAGAGCUUUGGAGCCAAACCCUUCUGAUGAUCCAAGGGCAAGCACAAUCUUCUUGCAAAAAUCUCAAACAGAUGGUAUCUACUAAGCAUUUUACUAAAAAGUACAGCUCGUGUUCAACCAUAUACCUAGAUGACAGCACAGCCAACCAGCCUCAUCUUACAAUCAUAGUAAAAUUCAAGAAAAGAUGCCAAAGGAAUACUUUGAGUAUGUUCCUGAACACAAGUUUAUUUACAGAUUUGUCCAUGUUCUUUUUAAAGCCACAAACCUAACAGCUGAAUUUGCAAUAGUAACUUUGAUUUACAUAGAAAGACUCUUAAGUUAUGCGGAGAUAGACCUUUGCCCGACCAACUGGAAGAGGAUUGUCAUGGGAGCCAUUCUUCUCACCUCCAAAGUUUGGAAAGAUGUGACUAUAUGGAAUAGGGAAUACUGCAGGCUCUUUGUGAACACUAGCAUUGAAGACAUGAAUGAGCUUGAAAGACAGUUUUUGCAGCUAAUUGACUAUAACGUCGAAGUUUCUGGAAGUGUUUAUGCCAAGUACUAUUUUGAUCUUCGAUCCUUGGCAAAGGACAAUAGCUUGCAUUUGCCAGUUUAUCUUCUCAACAAAGAAAGGGCACAGAACCUGGAAGCUAUUUCAAGGAUGGAAGACACCAAAAUCUUUUAUAGUGCUACCAUGAGAAGGUCCUUCAGCACUGAUAAUUUCAUUAAUCUUCAGCGCUCUAAAGCCAUUAUCUCUUGAAGGAAGAAAUGAGGGGCUAUAUCAUCUGAACCCCUCAUCAAAAAAGACCGGAAAAUAUUACCUCUCCUGCUCAACAACUAGAAAAGUUAGUAUUUUCAAAAGAAGAAAGAUCUCAAAGUUGAGAGGCUUGUGGACAACUAGGAUUGCACUCCACAGGAAAAAAAUGGGAUCUUUGCAGUGCAACAACUCUCGUACACUCUUCUGUCUUUUUAAACGUAAACAGGUAUAAAAACUACUCCAAAGUGAAGACUUCUUGCCCACACAUAGAUAUCUUUUUUUGUGUGUGGACUAAUAGCUGUGAACUAUGUAAGGGUUUUAAAACAAUAGUUUAAAUUUUUAGAUUUUAGACAUAAUUUUCUGUUUCUUUUCUAUUUUUGUUUUCCCCCAAUAUUGCUGCAGACGCAUUUAAAAUAAAUGCAGUAUUACUAUUAAAACAUGGGACUGUAACAACUCAUGAAGCCACUAGAAGCAGACCGCUCAUUUUCAGGUGUUGAAGGGUUCUACCUGCCUACUUUUACUAUCGGAGCUGCUCGUCACUGGCAAUCAUUUUAAACAAAAGCUGAUGGAGGACAUUUGCCAUUCAUAUCUUUUGUAAGGAUUACUUCUUAGCAUUUUAGCAUGUUUGGGGUCACAAAAGAAAAACUAUUAGUUAUUGGUUACCUACUUGUAUUAGGGUCCAUGGUAUGUUUCUUAUAAACUAUAAUGAUCCUUUUGUGUGUGUGUGAAUUUUAUUUAUUUAUUUACUUAUUUUUUAUUUGCUGAUAAAUUUUCUUAUUUGUUCAAUAAAUGUAUUGAGAGAUAUUUUCAUAAUGCCAAACCACAUGACGAUCCAGUGGUGAUAUAAAAAUAAUAAUAUGUGAUGUGAUCUGAAACUUUCAGGGCAGAUUCUAGCUUUAAUGUAGUGUUCUUAGACCCUCCAGUGCACUGCAGCUUAUGUAUAUAUGCUAUAAACCUUUAUAAAAUACCAUUCAAAAGUUUCAUAGUAUUUAUUUUUUCUUUUUUAUAAAAGAUGGGUCUUACUAUGUUGCCCAGGCUAGAGUGCAAUGGCUAUUCAGAGGCACAAUCACGACUCCACAGCCUGGAAAUUCUGGCCUCAAGCAGUCCU